GUGGCUUCCUGCAGGUGUCCCAGAAUGUCUUCGUCUAUCGAUUUCUUUCGCUCAUCCUUACUCCAUAGGGCUUUGACCCUCGACAUGACAAUGAUGAAUAGUGAGCUGCUGAUCUUCCCAUCCAUCCCCGACCAAAACCUUCACGAUUCAUGGCCAUGGAUGGAUGGAUCUCAACAAGCAACGACACAAGGAUGUUCAUAUCAAGGAGCUUGGUCGGACUUUACCUCCCAUUGUAUAACAUAGAAAGCUGCACAACUGUCUAUCAUCGAACUCAGAGCACAACUACCUAUGUCAAGGAUACAUUACAAAACUCAUUUGCCGAGGGAACUAAGAUCGCUUUUUCCUCACCUCCGUGUCUUGGUUGCGAACCCCUGCAGCACGGGCCUGUAUGCCGCAAGGAGUCGACCGGACAAUUGAGGCAUCCCCAGGUCCUCUUUAGUGUUCCUGCGGUAGAAUGAUCUUUUUACCCCACUGAUGAUGCUGCCAAGACCGUUGGUGAAUCUUGUCUUCUCUGGCUUUUUGCUUAGCCUUGUUUGCAUCAAUAUAUUGGAUCCGGAGGGGCGACA